AUGUCGGACAACCUUGUUGGCAAAUUAGUCAAGGAGCUACAGAAAUUGGGUCUGCAUCAGCCGUCUACGCCCUUGCCAGAGAAGCUGACGCGGGGUGCCGACUUCAGUCGAUGGGAGGCACGGAUGAAGGAUUACCUGCGCGGGGUGGAUACUUCGUCGCGAAGCGCAACCAUCAUGGGCCUGCUGGACAACGAAGUCUACGACCUCGCACGGUCAGCAGAUAUAUCUGCUUCCAUGCCGGCGACGAACAUCCUGGAUCGCCUUCGUGCAAUUCUCGCGGCGUCUGUGCAUCCGAGUUUCGGGGCCACGUCCAGCAGCCGGAUGAACGAGUCCUCGACUGCUAGAAGGCCCUUAGUCUCCUGAGACGGAGGGCUUUUCUCACCAGGGAUGCCACAGCCCUCAGUCCGCGGGUGCUGGAGCAGCUCGCCGAUGGUGUCGGGAAUCCUGAAAUCCAGGAGGGCCUUGAUGUUGGAGCAACCGGCUACCCUCGCGAAGCUCGUGACCUCGCGCGUCAAGAGGAGGCGCUCCAGGCCGUUUGCGAUCGGCCAGCCCAACCUCUCCUUGGCAUCGCUGCUGUCCAGCCGCAGACGAUCCGCGACUGUGGUACUCAAAGGCCUUGGCGCCCCUGCUCCCGCGGCUCCUACUAUCGCCCGGAGUAG